CUCCAACCUGCAGACCCCACUGAAGCUGUGCGAAGAUGUGCGACGACGAGGAGACUACCGCCCUGGUGUGCGACAACGGCUCUGGGCUGGUGAAGGCCGGCUUCGCGGGCGACGACGCGCCCCGAGCCGUCUUCCCUUCCAUCGUGGGCCGCCCUCGGCACCAGGGAGUUAUGGUGGGUAUGGGUCAGAAGGAUUCCUAUGUAGGUGAUGAGGCCCAGAGCAAGCGAGGCAUCCUGACUCUCAAGUACCCUAUUGAGCACGGCAUCAUCACCAACUGGGACGACAUGGAGAAGAUCUGGCACCACACCUUCUACAAUGAGCUCCGCGUGGCCCCAGAGGAGCACCCCACCCUACUCACCGAGGCCCCGUUGAACCCCAAAGCCAACAGGGAGAAGAUGACCCAAAUCAUGUUUGAGACCUUCAAUGUCCCUGCCAUGUAUGUGGCCAUCCAGGCGGUGCUGUCCCUGUAUGCUUCUGGACGUACCACAGGCAUUGUUCUGGACUCUGGGGAUGGAGUUACCCACAAUGUCCCCAUCUAUGAGGGCUACGCUUUGCCCCAUGCCAUCAUGCGUCUGGAUCUAGCUGGGCGUGAUCUCACCGACUAUCUCAUGAAGAUCCUCACGGAGCGGGGUUAUUCCUUUGUCACUACUGCCGAGCGAGAAAUCGUCCGUGACAUUAAAGAGAAGCUGUGCUAUGUUGCCCUGGAUUUUGAGAAUGAGAUGGCCACCGCCGCCUCUUCGUCCUCCCUGGAGAAGAGCUAUGAGCUGCCUGAUGGCCAAGUCAUCACUAUUGGCAACGAGCGCUUCCGCUGCCCGGAGACGCUCUUCCAGCCCUCUUUCAUUGGUAUGGAAUCUGCUGGCAUACAUGAAACUACUUACAACAGCAUCAUGAAGUGUGACAUUGAUAUUCGCAAGGACUUGUAUGCCAACAACGUCUUGUCUGGAGGCACCACCAUGUACCCUGGUAUUGCUGAUCGCAUGCAGAAGGAAAUCACCGCCCUGGCUCCCAGCACCAUGAAGAUUAAGAUUAUUGCUCCUCCUGAGCGUAAGUACUCUGUGUGGAUUGGGGGCUCUAUCCUGGCCUCCCUGUCCACCUUUCAGCAGAUGUGGAUCAGCAAGCAAGAAUAUGAUGAGGCAGGCCCGUCCAUUGUCCACCGCAAAUGCUUCUAAGGAAGGUGCUUUCCCUCUUAGUCUACCUAACAUUCAGGAUGACCGUAUUAUGCUUCUUGGAGUCUCUCAAGCUACCCUCCCUCAUCUCUCAUCCAUCAUUGUACAGUUUGUUUACACAUGUGCAAUUUAUUUGUGCUUCUAAUAUUUAUUGCUUUAUAAAUAAACCAGACCAGGACUUGCAACCUA